AUGGAUUUUUAUCCAGAGACACUUGCUCACAUUAACAAUGACUUUGAGUUACACGAUUUCAUUGAAGAUCCAAACUUUGAUCAAUUCAUCAACUUGAUUCGUGGGGAAGAAAAUGAAGAUACUACUAUGUGUAACUUCAAUUCUGACCUAAUAAUGAAUCAAAGCUUUGUUGAUAACUCAUUCAUUUCAUUUCCUACAAACUCAUUUGAUCACUCUAAUAAUAAUUUUGUCACCCCCUUUGAUCCUACUUCUUCACUUGCCUCUUUAUCUUGUUUUGAUGGAGAAGCUAAGAGGGAAAUAAGAGAAAUGAAUGAUAAUGAUAACGAUAACGAUAACGAUAACGAUAACGAUAACGAUAACGAUGAUGAUGAUAAUUAUUCUUCUCCAACACCAACUACAAGUGGUGAUACUAAGCCAAGGUUGAAAACGGAUAGGUCCAAGACUUUGGAAUCUGAGAGGAGGAGGAGAGGUCGAAUGAAGGAUAAGCUCUACGCAUUGCGAUCUUUAGUUCCCAAUAUAACUAAGAUGGAUAAGGCUUCUAUAAUUGGAGAUGCUGUUUCAUAUAUGCAAGAACUUCAAUCACAAGCCAAGAAGCUCAAGGCUGAGGUUGCUGGACUUGAAACAUCCUUAGCAGUAUCCAAAUCUCACCAAGGAUCAAUUGAAAACCACAAAAAUAUUCAAUUCAAUGAUAACACUAGUUCAAUAUUCAAGAAAAUUUUCCAGAUGGAUAUGUUUCAAGUGGAUGAAAGAGGGUUUUAUGUUAAAAUAGUAUGCAAUAAAGGAGAAAGAGUGGCUGCUUCAUUGUACAAAUCAGUUGAAUCUUUGAGAGAUUGCAAUGUUCAGAAUUCAAAUUUGGCCACAGUUUCUGACAAUUUUCUACUUACAUUUUCAUUCAAUGUGAAAAAUUCAGAGCCAAUAAUUAACCUGCCCAAUUUAAAGCUAUGGGUGAUUGGAGCUUUUCUAAAUCAAGGAUUUGAAUUCUUACCUUCUUUUUAA